UCUUCGUGGACUGUCUCGCGCUCUGUCACGAGACUGCGUAUGAUAGUUAGUCAUGGAGGACGGAGCGUUCCAGGUGGUUCUUUAGCCUUAGCAGGCUCAUUUUAACACCUUUAAACAUAUUAAUAAAGUUUGACACUUUUUUUAAAAAACACCACCGACAUGGCUAACAACAUAGCGAAGAAGGUUUCGUGGUCUGGAGAAGGGACGCCGCUUCUGAACGGGGCAGAGGAGAGCAGAUACAGCGGGCAGACAUCUGGAAGCAGUAUGUUUCACAUAGGCAGGAUGAGCACUGUGGAUCUGGAGGAGGAGGCCAUAACGACAGAAGAGCAGGACCCUGUGAGGCACCGACCGAGUGAGAUUCCGCACAACGAGAAGCUGCUUUCGCUCAAAUAUGAGAGUCUGGACUACGACAACAGCGAGAAUCAGCUGUUUCUGGAGGAAGAAAGGCGCAUGAGUCCCAUGGGCUUUAGAUGUCUGGAGAUCAGUCGCUGGUUCAUUUGUGGUCUCAUUGGCAUCCUGACGGGACUCAUCGCUUGCUUCAUCGACGUUGUGGUGGAGAAACUGGCUGGAGCGAAGUACAAGGUGGUCAAGGAGGACAUUGAGAAAUUCACCGAAGAUGGAGGUCUGUCCGUCUCUCUGCUCCUGUGGGUGGUCCUCAACUCGGCCUUCGUCAUGUUCGGAUCCAUCAUCGUCGCUUUCAUUGAGCCCAUCGCUGCAGGAAGCGGGAUUCCACAGAUCAAGUGUUACCUAAACGGAGUGAAGAUGCCACGAGUCGUCCGGCUUAAGACUCUGGUGGUGAAAGUGUGUGGUGUGAUCUGCUCAGUGGUUGGAGGCCUUGCUGUGGGGAAGGAAGGGCCGAUGAUCCACUCGGGAGCCGUCGUGGCAGCCGGAGUGUCCCAGGGCAGGAGCACUUCCCUGAAAAAAGACUUCAAGAUCUUCGAGUAUUUCCGCAGAGACACGGAGAAAAGGGAUUUUGUCUCCGCCGGAGCUGCUGCUGGAGUUUCCGCUGCCUUUGGAGCUCCUGUUGGUGGAGUUCUGUUCAGUUUAGAGGAAGGAGCAUCGUUCUGGAAUCAGAUGCUCACCUGGAGGAUUUUCUUUGCAUCAAUGAUCUCCACCUUCACCUUGAACUUCUUCAUGAGUAUCCAAAAGGGGGAACUGGGGGAGCUCUCUAACCCUGGUCUCAUCAACUUUGGCACGUUUGCCUCGGAAAGUGUGCAGUAUAAUCUCUAUGAGAUUCCUCUAUUCAUAUUAAUGGGAGCCAUUGGUGGUUUACUGGGAGCACUGUUCAACGUCCUCAAUUACUGGCUGACAAUAUUCCGAAUCAGGUACGUGCACCGGCGGUACCUGCAGGUGAUGGAGGCCAUGCUGGUUGCUGCCGUUUCGGCCUCCGUGUCCUUCACCAUGAUUUAUUUCUCCACCGACUGCCAGCCGCUGAAGAAGGAGUCAUUAGAGGAAUAUCCUCUACAGCUCUUUUGUGCUGAUGGAGAAUAUAACGCAAUGGCAACGACGUUCUUCAACACACCUGAGAGGAGUGUGAUGAGUCUGUUUCAUAGUCCACCAGGCACUUAUAACCUGCUGACUCUGGGACUCUUCACCCUGACCUACUUCCUCCUGGCGUGCUGGACUUACGGCCUGACAGUGUCAGCGGGGGUCUUCAUCCCCUCGCUGCUCAUUGGGGCGGCGUGGGGGCGACUCUUCGGCAUCGUGCUGACCUUAAUAUCCCCCAAUAAAAUUUCAAUUUGGGCAGAUCCGGGGAAGUACGCCCUAAUGGGAGCUGCAGCGCAACUCGGAGGCAUCGUCAGAAUGACCCUGAGCCUCACGGUCAUCUUGGUGGAAGCUACCGGAAACGUGACCUACGGCCUGCCCAUCAUGCUGGUGCUGAUGACGGCCAAGAUCGUGGGGGAUUACUUCAUAGAAGGCCUUUACGACAUCCACAUUAGGCUGCAGAGUGUUCCUUUCCUCCACUGGGAAGCCCCUGCUACUUCUCACUGGCUGACCGCCAGAGAAGUCAUGAGCUCUCCAGUCACGUGCUUUAAGAGAGUGGAGAAGGUUGGCACCAUAGUGGACGUCCUCAGCGCCACGUCCACCAAUCACAACGGUUUCCCCGUAAUCAUGCAGUCUGACAGGGAUGAUGAGCCUGGGAAGCUCUGCGGCCUCAUCCUGCGCUCUCAGCUCAUCGUCCUGCUCAAACACAAGGUGUUUGUGGAGAGGGCACGCUCUCGACUUUACCAGCGCAGAAUGCAGCUAAAGGACUUCAGGGACGCGUAUCCCCGUUUCCCCCCCAUCCAGUCCAUCCAUGUCUCCCAGGAUGAGAGAGAGUGCAUGAUGGACCUGACGGAGUUUAUGAACCCCACCCCCUACACCGUACCUGAGGAAACAUCCCUCCCUCGUGUGUUUAAGUUAUUCCGGGCGUUGGGGCUCAGGCACCUGGUGGUGGUUGAUGAUGUGAACAGGGUCAUGGGUCUGGUGACCAGGAAAGAUUUGGCGCGUUACCACCUGGGCAAACACGGCCUGGAGGAGCUGGACCUGGCUCAUCCGUGACCUUCACCUUCUCUCAGGCGUUACUGGUGGAGAAGCAGCUCCAUCACGUCGACUGGUUCUCAGCAGUCACGGUACAAAAACUCCAAACAGCGCAGACAGACUUGGAACAAUCUCAGAUGUGACAAGCCGAGAAAAAUCAUCAUGUGCUUCGGUAUUUGAUGAAGCAGAUCGGCACAUUGUCACGUCUCCUUGGUGUAUCUUCAUCUUUCACAUCAUUAAGCGCUCAAACUAAGGGCUCAGGUUGAAUUGUGAAAUAUACUUGCCUGUACGUUUACCAGAAAAGCACAUACGUUCAGUUUACCUUUAGUCAUGUCUUUAUUUAUUGCAUUCUUUUCGGGUUUUGCUGAUAUCUUGUAGGCCACGUCCCAAGCUGCGUGCUACCAUACUAUGCAGGAUGUUAAAUUUCUUUUAUAUGUAGAGAUAUGUAUUUAGACAUGAUGGUAGUGUGCCGUUUAAUGGACGUAGCCACAUUGUUGUGUUUUAUGUCUUUCUUUAAUUUCAAUGUGCCUUCUAGGUUGAUACAUGACGUGGAUCUUCGUUAAAGGUUCAGAUUCUGGUGGCUCUCAAAUGGCCUUAAAAUUUAUUAGAUGUCAAAUCGCUGCUUUUUUUUUUUUUUUUUAAUGAAGCUGUGGAUUAAAUUGUCAGUCAUUUUCAGCAUCAGUGUAGUUGAUAGCUACUGUAGUAUAAAUCCUUUCUGUUCAUUAGGAAGCAUCACAAGUUAAAAAAUUCGCGUUCAUUCCGGCCCGUCCUGUGCCAAUCGAAAGACACAUUAUUUUUCCUUAAAUAAGGUACAAUGUUAGUUAUUAAUUCCACUCGUUCUUAACAGCUAUUUUGCACAUGGAAAUUUCAGAGUAAAUGUUGCGGCCUGAUUUUUAAAUUUAAUUUUUUUGAACGUUUGCACUAAAAUAAAUAAAUGAACACGAGUGAAUCUGCCACUUUGAGGUCUUUGAUGUACCAUGAAAAUUUGAUCUUGAUAUUGAACAGAUGUAUUUCAAACAGUGUUGAAUUCUAGACCUGUCUUUAAAAUAUACUUUAUUAUUAUUAUUAUUAUUAUUUUCAUCCAUUGACAUAAAUAUGACUAGCAGUGCAUCAUCAUUUCCAUUCUGUAUAACAAACCAAAGGACAAUUAAUACAAUUUUCAUCAUGCACGGCUUGUGUUUUAAACAUAAUUACAUUUCCUUGGUUUAUUGACAAGUUUUUACAGUGUUUAAAUAUAUUUGUGGACUAAUAAACGUUCAAAAUCA